AUGUCUACCCAAGACACUCCCCGUUGCACCCGUCCAUCAAAUGCAACCGCUCGGCCUGGCCAGAUAGUGCUUGACGCAAAGAACAAGAGGCGUACCAAGGCGCAAAAGGCCGCCGACGACCUUGCCCUCAAGGAAGCGCAGGAAGCACAGGUCCAAAAAGGGCUGGAGCGCUUGGCUGGUAUGCAAAAUGAGAUGGAGAAAGUGCAGGAAGAAUUACUCAACAAAAAGGCGAUCCCCAUUCGGCCCAAGCCAAGGGCUCGUAAGGCGACUAAACCUGUAGUAAGGAGUGGUGAUGAUCAUACUGACAACAUGAUGGAGGCUGAUGAGGCAAACGACCUCCAGGAGGCUGUCGAGAUCAUGGAGGCUGUCAAGACCGUGGAGGCUGUCAAGACCAUGGAGGCUGCCGAGAACAUGGAGGAUGGAACCACAGGAGCAAAAAAGAGGAAGGUAACAAAGAAAGGCGGAAAGGCGCUGAUAAAGGAUGCUAUCAGUAACAUGCAAAAGAAGAUCAACGAACCAUCAUCGAAAUUGGAAGGUGAUAACGCCAAUAACGUGGCACGUGUGGCCUCGAUAUUCGAUGAUAACGUGGACUUCGACGAGCCUAAUGCUCCGGUAGCAGAAUGGGGCUCGCAGGGGCCUCAGGCUCCAUUCACGCAGAUUGAAAAUCGCGGGACCCUCAAGCGAAAAGCUAGCGUGGAUGACGUCUUCAAUGACGACAAGGAGUCUAUGGUGUCUGACUGGUUCAUGGAUAUUGAAGGCCCCGAUUUUGAAGACACAUUCGAGCCCAAGCCCGAGCCUCCAGUGGUAGUGAAGAAGGAGAAAGAUCCGUGCACAACAUUUUCAACAUCAGUAUUGGUUGUGACUUCUGUCCCUGACAGAAAACCACCUGCUCCCAAAAAAAUCAAAGUUGGGGCAUCCACUGCACGUGCCCGCAGCACUCCUGCCAUCAAACACCAGCUCAACGUGGACACUGGGCCAGAGAACAUGAAACCUCGUAGCAUAUAUUAUCAAUGCUGGGCAAAGAAAUAUCUUCCUACUGUCAUGUUAUGGGCCGGAAGUUAUGAAGACCUCUGGACUAUCCCAGAUGACGUUCUUCUCCUUCACGCACAGCUAAUUUUUAAUGCAGUAUACAAGGAGCUCAAUAUCACUAUUGUUCAUGGUGACGUGAUUUAUUCCCUUACUGCACAGCGAAUUUCUGAAUGGCGCAGCAACUUCAGCUCGAUGGGCCUGCUGUUGGGUAUAGCACAUCUUAAUGCCAUCAGUGGGUAUGUUGACGUUCCCGACCUCGACACACAUGCACUUGCAAUAAGGGCCAUCAGGAUGUCGGGUGUUAUUACCCUUUGUGCCGCAGCAAUCGAUGCCAGAGGUAAACUUGUCAUUAAACUACCCAAAGUCCUCAACAAGGUCACCGGGAGGAUGACCAAUGCCCCGUUUUUGUUUUCAGCGGCUCGCUGGGCCAAAGUCACCACAUCUUUCAUCAAAUCUAUCUCGAGCAAGCCUGCUGGGUACAUAGAGACCACGGUACAGAUGGCGCGUGCUUGUACUGCCUUAAACGAUGCCAUCGAAUCACCCCAGGACUCGCUUAACGACGACAAGUCGGAGGACAACGAGUGCACUAUGCUUUUUUCAUCCAACUGA